AUGUCGUCGAUACUCCCUACAGGCAGCUUCUGGAGAAGCCAACGUGAUGCUGAGACAUUACCUUCGCCAACCACCAUCGUCCCAUUCGCUGGUCGCAUUGGUGCCAAUCAAGAGUUCUCACUGGACAAAAACAACUGCACGCAAAUAGAAUUAUUGCAGAAGUUUCCGGAUGCUGCUCCCUGGAUUCCGUUCGGAGAUGCUCUAUCUCUAGAAAAUAUUCUACAGGUCGAACUAUGGAAGGCGGCUGUUGUUGAAGCUAUAGGAACAUGCUUGUUGGUAUACCUGACCUGCUUCGUAGCCGUGGGCUUAAGUCAGACGGUGAAGUAA